AUGUCAUCACAAGUUACUAAUGUUGUUGGUACAUGGAAAAUUGUUGAUUAUUCACAACAUCCUGAAUGCUUUGGUUGUCAAAUUGAAAUAAAACAUGAAAAAGAAGAUGAAAAUAUGUAUCGUCUUCGUGCAUGCGUAAUUAAUGAUUUAAAUUGUACUUUGCAACAUAAUUCUACAACUAAUCAAUGGCAAAUGUGUUCAUUUAGGACAACAGAAAUGGGUGGCUCACCAGAAGAUAUGAAGAAAGAAGAUGUAAUCAGUAAUUUAAUGCGCGAUAUACAAAAAAUGGAAGUUCAAGGUGAACAACAAUUAAUCAUUCAGACAAAUAAUGGUGAACAAGUUCGAUUAGAUCGUUUACAGUAA